AUGGAUAUUGACGGCGUAGAAGAGUCGUCGAGGCAGGUGCAAGUCCGGUUUGUAACAAAGCUAAAUCCACCAUAUAAAGCACCUUCAAGUUCCCUUGCCAUUCCUACGAAUAUCACCCGCUUGCGCCUCUCCAAUAUAGUCAACAAUAUCCUGGAAGCCGGAGUUGAUGACUGGCAGUACCAGCCUUUUGAUUUUCUAAUAGAUGGAAGAUUUCUUCGGACGUCGCUUGAAGAUUUUCUUCUUUCCAAAGGCAUUUCUGCUGAAAGAGUAAUAGAAAUUGAAUACAUCAAAGUUGUGGCCCCGAGAAGAGAAGAUAUUUCUUUACACGAUGAUUGGGUUAGUGCUGUCGAUGGUUCAAAUGAAGGGUACAUUUUGACUGGAUGCUAUGAUGGUUUGGGAAGGAUAUGGAAAGAUGCUGGAACUUGUACACAUGUAUUAGAAGGGCAUACUGGCCCAAUUACUUCAGUUUGUGUCAUUAAGCCAAAAGUCGAGAGUGCUUUCGAUCAACUAUUAGCAACUGCUUCUAAAGACAGGUCUCUGAGGUUGUGGAAGUUUGAUGCAGGAGAGUCGGCUCAACCAAAAAAGAUUAGAGCAUUCAAGAUACUAAAAGGUCAUAAUGCUGCUGUGCAGAGCAUUGCUGCACAGCCUUCUGGAGAUAUGGUGUGUUCGGGUUCUUGGGACUCCGCAAUCAACUUGUGGCAGGCAAAUGGUUCUGAUGCUGGAGGUGAUAUAGUUUCAGUGAAGAAGAGGAAAAAGGGUCCCAGAGAUGCGGAACCUCAAUCUGAGAGGGAGGCUGUAUCUUCUCUCGUUGGGCACACGCAAUGUGUCUCUUCUGUGAUCUGGCCGCAACAUGAGACAAUUUAUUCAGCAUCAUGGGAUCAUUCUAUUAGAAGAUGGGAUGUUGAGACUGGCAAAGAUUCACUAAACAUGUUCUGUGGCAAGGCUAUCAAUUGUCUUGAUAUUGGAGGUGAAAGUUCUACCCUUAUUGCAGCUGGCGGUUCUGACCCUACAAUUCGAAUAUGGGAUCCUCGCAAGCCAGGGAAAUAUGAUCCUAUCUUUCAAUUGUCACAACAUAAUUCUUGGAUUUCUUCUUGCAAAUGGCACAAUAAAUCAUGGUUUCACUUGGUCUCUGCAUCAUAUGAUGGAAAAGUUAUGAUAUGGGAUCUGAGAACUACGUUUGCAUUGCAUGUGAUUGACUCGCAUAAGAACAAGGUGUUAUGUGCCGACUGGUGGAAAGAUGAUAGUUGGAGUGAUCAAGGAAUGAAUAUUCUACAUGGAUCCCCACGACAGAUUUGA